UUGUAUUCUCGGUACCAGGCCUUUAAGAGUUCUAUGUGUGGUGAUGUGAAUGAAAUGCGUCUUUUUCACGGCACUAAUCCAAACAACGUUCGCUCAAUAAAUUCGAAUAACUUCAGCCGAAGCUUUGCAGGUGUAAAUGCUGUAAAAUAUGGAAAUGGAGUAUAUUUUGCCAGAGAUGCAUCGUAUUCUCUCGUGUACUCUCUUCAUCAGUGUUCUGGAUCACAACCAAAGAUGUACAUCGCCAAAGUUCUUGUUGGAGAGUACACAUUGGGUAAGGAGGGACUAAAGGAGCCACCAUCAAAAAAUGAUCCCGGUAACCCAGGUCUACUUUAUGAUUCUGUUGUGGAUACUCCAAGCAAUCCAACAAUAUUCGUCAUUUUCCAAGAUAACCAGUCCUAUCCUGAGUAUCUUAUAACAUUAAACAAACAAUAAAGCAGCAGUUUCAGGAGAUUUUCGUCUCUAAAUACGAAGUAAAAAAGUUCUGCAAUUCUUAUUUUAGUAAUGAUCAAUUUUAUUCUGCACAUUUCUUUCACUAGCUAGAAACAUUUUUGUAAUUUUUCUUAAGUACAACUCUAUGUUAUGCACUCUACAUAAACAUUUGAUAUUUACUGCUGAAUUCAGUAAUGUGACUGUAGCUGAUUUUAUUUUCUUUCUCGGCAACAUGUCGUACAUAUUUAUUCUUUUUAAUCAAAUUUACUGUAAACUAUAUUCACAUGUACAACAAUGUAACAUUAAAUCUUCUGUUGAGAUGAUG